AUGUCCAAAAGGCGACAUGACCUCGACAACCUGCGGACCUUUCUCACCGCACUAGUCAUCUACCACCACACCGCCAUUACCUACGGCGGCCUUGGAUCAUGGUUCAAGUCUCGAAACUUUGGCGGCCACACCUCCAUGGCGCUCGCGCUGUUCAACGCGACUAACCAGACCUUCUUCAUGGGGUUAUUUUUCUGGCUCUCGGGGUAUUUAUCUGGGAAUCGUCUGUCCAAAAGCCCCACUUGGGACUCGCGGUACUCGUUUCUGAGCGGGAAAUGGUUCCAUUUGGGACUGCCGGCGGUCAUCUACACAGUCUUUGUGCAGCCGCUCUCCCAAUUACUUGUAUUAUUUGACUCGUCUGGUUUUCGUCUCAGAUCAGAAACGAUCCUGUCGACAUUCGUGUCAUAUUGGAAACAGCUGCGCGGCGUGCGCGGCCCCCUGUGGUACCCUGCAACGCUGCUCGGCUUCGACAUGAUAUCGACAUUCUGCAUCCCCCGCACGAUAUCGCCAAGGGCUGUUCGACGGCUGAAAAGGUUUGUUUCUAAUCGACUUGCCGUCUCUUCGCUGUGGAUAUCCUCGACGGCUCUGACUUUUGGGAUUCGCACUGUUUAUCCUGUCGGCGCUACGGUGCCUGUUUUCGCGGUUCAGCCGGCUUUUCUUCCUCAGUACAUUCUGUCGUAUGCGCUUGGGAUUAUUUCUUCCUUGACGGAUACGCCGAGACUGGUCACUCCGUUCUCCAGUGAAAAAUCCGAGGAGACAGCAGACACAGUAGACACAGCAGACACACCUUCAUCCCAUCCUAUUAUACCAUACACCCACUCCGCCCUCUCCUUCCCCCUCAUCACAGCCCCCAUAAUGAUAAACCGUUAUUCUCCCGCUGUAGGAGGGAACCCCAGCGCCGCGCAGAAUUUGUCCCCGCGGCUCGACUUGCUAAACCUCAUCGGCGGCGGCUUGACUCUUCCUUCCUUUCUAUACACUGCAUGGAGCGAGCUGUCGUUUGCUGCCAUCGGACCAAGCCUGUUACAAUACUUUUCCAGGGCCCACAACCAUCCGGCCAAACGAGGAUCACUAUUUCAUCCGCGAUACUCGUACGCUGCAUUUCUAGUGCAUACGCCCGUCGCGGUCCUCUCGGGACUUGUCGCGGACCGAAUCCUCGACGGAGUUAUACUCAGAGCUGCUGCUGGUGGACAACAACAGCUUGCAAACAACAAACUCUGGAGAAUCCUUGCGCCCGUGCUCAUGACAGCCGUGGUGGGCACUGGGAAUGUACUCGGCUCGUUUGCGCUGGGCAGGUUCAUUGUUGAUUACGUGCCUGGCGUGGGCAAAGUUAUCUAA